UGAAGUAGCUGUGAAGCUAGCAGUGCCUGGGAUGUCUUUAUUAGCUCUUUAAUUUCAUUGAAAUCCCAUGUGGGGAAGGGCUGGAAGAGGAAUCUGACAGCUGAGAUCUGAUGGAGUUGUCUGCAGGUUCCAUCCAGGAAUGGUGAAUUCAAACUGGGAAUGCUGGAGGGGGGACAAGACCUUCAGAGAUGAGGCUUUGCCACUGUUUUGCCCAAGAGUGUUGAACACAACUGUCUCUCCUGGAUUGGCUUUGCCUGGAUGUGGUGCCAGAGGCUGGCGUGGCUGCUCCGGUGGCGGCGUGGGAGCACCGGACAUCGCUGGCCGUGGCUGCCCCGGGGCCCUGGGCCCGUCCUGGCUGUCCCUGCUCGCUGCCACCACACAGUCCCAGUGUCCCCCCACUGUGCCUGGCAGCUGCACCGAGACCAUCUCGCCUCCUCUGCUCCCAUCCCUGGCAGAGCUGAGGUACGGCAGCACCGUGAUGCGCCUGGACUUCGUGUGGCUGCGGGACCACUGCCGCUCCGCCUCCUGCUACAACGCCAAGACCAACCAGCGCAGCCUGGACACGGCCAGCGUGGACCUGGCCAUCCAGCCCCAGGCUGUGCGGGUGGACGAGACCACGCUCUUCCUCACCUGGCCAGAUGGACACGUGACACGGUACGGGCUGGAGUGGCUGGCAAGGAACAGCUACGAGGGGCAGAAGCAGCAGGUCAUGCACCCCCGAAUCCUCUGGAAUGCUGAGAUCUACCAGCAAGCCCAGGUCCCCUCCAUCGACUGCCGGAGCUUCCUGGAGACAGACGAGGGUCUGAAGGAAUUCCUGCAGAACUUCUUGUUGUAUGGGAUUGCUUUUGUGGAGAAUGUCACUCCCACCAAAGACGACACAGAAAUCUUGGCAAAGAGGAUCAGCAUAAUCAGGGAGACCAUAUAUGGCAGGAUGUGGUACUUCACCUCUGACUUCUCCCGGGGAGACACAGCCUACACCAAGCUGGCCCUGGACCGGCACACGGACACCACCUACUUCCAGGAGCCCUGUGGCAUCCAGGUGUUCCACUGCCUGAAGCACGAGGGCACAGGAGGGCGGACGCUGCUGGUGGACGGGUUCCACGCGGCCGAGCGGGUGCUGCACCAGGCCCCGGAGCACUUUGAGCUGCUGGCCAAGGUGCCCCUUAAACACGAGUACGUGGAGAACGUGGGUGGCUGCCACAACCACAUGAUUGGAGUGGGGCCGGUGCUCAACGUCUACCCCUGGAACAAUGAGCUUUACCUUAUCAGGUACAACAACUACGACCGUGCCGUGAUCAACACGGUGCCCCAUGACGUGGUGCGCCGCUGGUACCACGCGCACCGCGCCCUCACUGCCGAGCUGCGCCGGCCUGACAACGAGCUCUGGGUCAAGCUGAAGCCAGGCAAGGUCCUGUUUGUGGAUAACUGGCGCGUCCUGCACGGCCGGGAGGCAUUUACCGGGUACCGGCAGCUCUGUGGGUGUUACCUGACGAGAGAUGAUGUGCUGAACACUGCCCGCCUGCUGGGGCUGCAGGCCUAGCCCACCCUCCAGAGAGCCAGGCAGCCCCCAGUCCCACCUCUGGGAGAGGCAGGACCCUCCCAGUUGCACUGCCAGGAGAGGCAGGAGCCCCCAGCCCCACUCCACACCAGGCCAGGUGGGCUGGUGCCUCCCCAGGUGCUCCAGGCCCUAUGUGCCUGUGCCUCACCACGGCAAGGACACUGCAAUACCUCAGGCACCUCCACCCUCUCUAAGCAGCUCCCAGGGCCUGCUCAGGUGAGGGGGCAGGUGGAAACCAAAGGUUGUGGUACCAUAUUUUGGGACCACACUCUGCCUUUGAGCACAGGCAGCUCUUGCUGUCCAUUCUCCCAGCCAGGGUGGCUCAGUCAUGGUUAAUCCCACCACAGUAAGUGCUCCUCCAAGCAAGUGCCUUCAGGAUUCCCUCUUUGGCCUUUUUUUCCAGCUGCUGGUUUUAGGGGACUUUUAGCAGAGCAGAAUGGAAAUCUCUGGGAUCUUGUCUCUUAUCACUGAUCAAGCAGCCAAGCUGCCUGAGAGAGGGCCUGGAGAGAUCCCGGUGUACUUUGAGCCUUUCUGAGAAGGUUUAGGUUAGAGAAGGAAAAGGGAAGCACCAAGAUCUGCAUGUUGUGAAGCAGAGAUGACAAUGUUAGAUGAGGGAUGGAAUUCCCACUUUUCCUUGACUUCCAGGACUGCCAUGCUGCUGUUACCUCUGCCUGUUGCACUGCACUUGUGUUGAGGGCAACGCUCAGCAGUCCCAAGACUUCCAACAAACUUCCCACCGUGCCUCCUCUUCCAUCCUUUCUUAAGGAAUUGGUGUUAGGUCAUCAUCAUACUCUUCGGUGCAUGAAACUCACUCUUUGGGUGCAUUUUUUCCCAAAAUUCUCCUCUGAAUGUAACUCAGAGGUGCCUGUCAGCUCCUGGGAGCUGGGAUCUGGCAUGCUGAAGUGCCACAGGGUAAGGAACAAAAGCAAAUCCUGCCGUUAGACAUUUUUCAUUGUGCCAUAUCUUUUGGGGUGUUCCUUCUGCUCUGACCAGACCUUAAAGCAGGGCUGGGCCCCUUCACCCCUGGCUGUGCUGUGUGCGGUGCUCUGUGUCCUCAGGGCAGGGACAGUGCAGGUGCACAGGUGCUGAACUUGCUGCUCUUGUUUAAUCCAAACACUGAAUGUAGAGAUCGUGGUGCCAAGACAGUCCUGAAAUCUGCUCUUGCUGUGGGCUGAGCUCCCUGAUGCUCCCAGUCCCAGCGUUCCCUCCCCAGUGCUUCCCAUCCCCAGUGAGCUCCUGGGAGUCAGCAGGGCUCAAAGGGAUUUCUGAGCCCAGGCUGGGCAGGUGGUGCCAGGGGAGCUGCCCUCUGUCACGUGAAGCUCCAAUGGCAGCCUUGAAUCCUGGUAGGAGCCAAUUUUAAAACUCAGCAGGAAAAUUAAGCCCCCUCCAGCCAACUCCUUUCCAUAGUGGAAGAAAAACACUAGGAGAGGUUCUGAGUUGGAGUCACAAUUUACUGAAGAAAUCGCAAUAGUCACAAUGAUAUUAAUAAAAGAUUGUACAAAAUGGGAA